GUUUCAUCAUGACUUAUGAGUGAAAACGGGUGAAAACGCCCCCGGCAACUCCAUACUUAAACAAGUCAGAGCCCGACUUUUCCACCUACCAUGUUAUACGACUCAACGCCCCAGUACGAGCAUUUCGCCCAUUUACCUCACGCAAAAGAACCUUUCAAAGGCCUAUACGUCUUUCAACGUCUAUUCACCACCCUUCUGCUUGUUCCCUACUGGACUCUAUAUUACUUACUCCUUCCAAGGUCAUAUCGUCCCCGACCAUCAUGGAGUAUCCGUCAAAUCAUCUUCGUCAACUUCACUAGGCGGAUAUCUCGUGUUACAGAGGUUGCUGGUGUCAACUGGGAUACGAGGGAUCCCGAUGAAGAGCCAGAUCACGACAAGUUGAAAGAGACGAGGUUCGAGUGGGCUCCACCGCUAGAGCAGCGGCUGAGGAGUGGGGUGGUGGUUGACCGGUAUGGGAGGGUGCCUUUCAAAAGGGUAGGAACAUAUGUUUGGCCAAAGGAAAGACCAGUGGCGGUUAUGGAUCCAAAAUGCACUGCUGAACAAUCAUCUUCGGACGACAAUAUCCCCGUCAUCGGGAUUUACUUGCACGGCGGUGGUUACUGCCAAAUGUCGGCACACGAAAAAGUUAGGACUUCCAACAUUCCUAGACGGCUCAUGAAGGACAAACUCUUCACAGAGAUCCAUGCUGUAGAAUAUCGGUUGCUUCAACAUGCACCAUUACCUGCAGUUAUUAUUGAUGCUGCGACUGUAUACGCUCAUGUCGUUAGAAAAUACUAUCAAAAUAUUCCUGUUCCGCAACCGUCGUCUUCGGAUACACCCUCUAAUGGCAGUAACGUGGCCGUCCCUGUAGCGGACGGACAGAAAAAAUGCAAGAUCGUUUUGAUUGGAGAUAGUUCCGGAGGAAACUUGGUCUUAGCCCUGGCCCGUUGGAUUCGAGACGAAGAGCAGCUGCCUAUGCCAGAUGGACUCCUUCUGUUCUCUCCGUCCUGCGAUGCGUCUCACGCUUUCCCUUCCUCACCUUCCUACUACAUCCCACGACCCAAUGCUUCCACCGACUAUCUAACGGAUACACCAGAGCCUCGCGCCCUCCUUCAACGAACGUUCCUUGGAUUCAAACAUCGUCCACAAGACGCCUGGGAGAAAGAGAAUAGCCAAAGAGAUAGGAUGACCUUGAUGUGGUUGGGUUCAGCUGGUGCAGCUUCCGUCAUCUCUCUCGGAAGGGGCCUCAUGCGGAGCGUGAAUUUUGGAUCACCCCCGACGAUCGGCGCAACCUGUUCUUCCUCAACGUUGAGUGUGCUUGACGAUGCCGAACGGGCCAAAAUACAGGAAGAAAAUUGUAGGCUCAUGCUCGUUGUCCACUCCGAAUAUGUCUCGCCCGCUAGUCCAAAAGUGUUGAAACGUUGGGGCCAUCCGGUCGACAUGUAUGAUGGCUCAAAACUAUGCGAAUGCAAGGGCGAUCUUGAUGGCGAGUGGGACUGUGAUCAUUCAAAGGACUCCGAUCCGAACAGGAACAGGAAUCUACCGACCGCAAAUUCAGAAGUCACAUUGACAGGAGGCAUCAAGAGGAAGAUGGUCAAAGUCGGGGGUAAUGAACACGCAAGGAUUUUUCUUGGAACAGGCGGGCAUGAUUCGGAUGCGGAUUCUGUGUCUACCAUGACUCCGGAGAACUCCCCACUUGCCCCUUAUCAUGUACCGGCGGUAGCACAGAUGGAGACCUUGGAAGAAGAGAGGAGUCUGAUAACAGAGGGAUUGAAUGACACCCAAUCAAAUGAGCGUGGGAAGGAUAAUGACCAACAAUCGCCACCUUCAAUGUCGUCCGAAGUCAGGUUACCAACUCAAGCUGCCCAUAUCCCUUCGCACACCCAUGCUGGCGAAACCGAUAGCAACCACACUAGGACCGAAAGCAAGGCUUCUUCAUCAACAGCGGUCACCACUCAUGUUCCCCCAAAAAUUACCAUCACUCCUUUCGAUGGCGAAGGUGAAGAGUUUCCUACUCCCCGACGUCAUCUUCGCACUCGAGCUGGCGUUGAGGAGGAAAGUUAUCAUUACCACCAUGCGCUCAAGUACUCUCGAUACAAGAAGCUAUUCGAAGGAUUCCCGAAAACCCUCAUCAUGAUCGGGGAUGCGGAGAGGCUGACGAUUGAGGUGAAGAAUUUAGGUAGGGCGAUGGCCCGGGAUCUCGACGGGGACGACUGUGGAGGGAACCGCGUGAGGAUGAGAUGGAUCAAGGAUGCCGUGCAUGACGUCUACAUUAUUCCUCCUGGGUGGUGGGACGAGAAGGAAAAGAAUAUAGCGUGGGAGGAUGUAAAGACGUGGAUGAAGGAAAUUCGGGAUGAGUGAACGGAUGAUUGCCUUGCUUGGACUUGUAUUUACAUGUAUCAUUCAUUACCUGUCUGUACCUCCAGAACAGCAUAGCGCAUUGUAGUCCUCGUAUAAUCGUGUAAAGUAAAACAACAACAAAAACUAAAUAUCUCAAGGACUCAUACAACUAGACUUCUUGCCCUUCUGAUCAACUCUUCACCU